AUGGCCGAAUCUGCAGGAGAAAUUGGACCGCAGGCCGACGCAGGUAUGCACGGCCGUGUUGACGACGGAGAUUCGCCGGAUCCAAGUGACAACAGCAUUUCAAUUGGUCCUGUCGCUUCAAACAGAUACAUACGGCUCCUGGAAGACCGUCUGUCCAAACUGGAGAGCAAAAUCCAUGACUUAGAGGGUUUCGCGCAGCCAGAUUAUGGUCCAGCCCCGAGUAUACCGGUAGACAGCUGGAGCUCCGUCCAAAGCGACGAGCAAAGCGAUGAAACCCCGGAUUUACCGCAAUCUUCUAAGCCCAUGAUUCCUAGUCUUUCCAAGGUUAGCUGGUUCGGCUUUCAUAACCUCCUUGAGGGAGACGAUGGUUUUGCGAUAGAUGUGUGCUCCAUCAAGGCGGCAGGCCGUAAGGAUGACGGCCCCUCGAGGAAAUUCAGGGACGAAGGAGAAAGUCUGGACUAUAAGCGGGGAGUGAAGAUGUUUUUAGAUCUCAAAGUCCCACCGGGGGGUGCUGACGUUGUUAAGUGUAUUCGGAUAAAUUCCAUGGCCAUUCUGACUCUAUUGCACGACAUUGAUCCAAAGGUCCCGAUUGACGGAUCGCCUCUACGACUCAACCCCCCCUUUUUGUGCCUGGUCCAUUAUCAUGACCAGGUAAAGCAGAUUUUGGAUCGAACUCGCAGCGAGUUUGGUCUUGGGUCUCACUCAGCAGUGACAACAUCGGAUACUGAUGCGGAACAGCAGGUGAGCCGGCAGCACCGUGCUGAGGAGCUUCUCCGUCAUAUGGACCCCUACAUGCACUUUAUGGAUACAGAGGUGCUCCCUAAGUACCGUCGCCUAGGCCUCCCAGAAGUCAACACUGUCAACGCAAAGGUUCGUUUCAGCGAGUUACCUUAUCUCUUCAGGCGGGACGACGAUAUCUACCAGCCGGCGGGUACCAACGCUCUUUCACAAGACUCCCUUCGACAUCAGGAAGCUUGGAGAAUCCUCCCUGAUCGUAUAUUCAGCUUUUAUCGGGAUGUCACCGAGGAGUCUUCCUGUUUCUCCGUGAUUUGCUAUCACAUUGUUUUUGACGGAAGAUCAUACGCGCCAGUCAGACAAUGUUUACAAAUCGAGGAAUUUGAGGGCGAGCGUGAUGUGACGUCGCUGCCCAUGUAUCCCAUUCGAUUUAUGCCAAAUCACCGCGAGAUUCUCACUGAGCUGCGGGACAGAGGAGCGAGGUUUCAGGAACACAUCAGCUCGAAACAGGUGUCGUACCAGGGAUGGGCGUUGCAACAUCCAGACGGCCAUGGAAACGAUCGUACAUACAUAUCAAGCAAUUUGGUCGUUGAUUUUGCGGAAACCUCCAGAGCACACCCAGACUGGACAGUUGACCUAGGAGAUGGGAAGACGGAUUGGAAGAAUGACUUUGAGGAUAUCCCUUUUGUUUUCCCCGAAGACCGCCAUUCCACCUUGUGGGGAUCGAGUCCAACCGCCAACAAUCUUGUUGUCAAAGCCCGCAAGCCUGUAUCGUUGUAUGACCUUUCUCUGCCCCAUGAACAAACGGACAACUGCUUCCAAAGGCAUCGGUUUUUUCUUGAGUUUUCUAAGAAAUCGGAGGAUCCCACUGCCAUCGGCCAGCUCCAAGGUGAGCUGGAUAUUCAGGAACAUGAGCUCGUUCUCCUUCCAAAACGGCUGUUUGCCUACGCCUUACAAGAUCGAAAAUUCGUCAUGCUGGACAUAGCAAAUGCAAAAUCCUUAGCGCAGACAGGGGACCCUUUCAAGGAAUUAAUCAUCUCGCGAAGCCAUAAGGAUAUGAUAUCAUCUCUUGUUCACGCUCACUUCGAGAAAAAGCAAAUAGAACAGUUACACGGGUUCUACCUCACCAGCCAGGAUAUCAUCCAUAACAAGGGCCGGGGGCUUGUGAUUUUACUGCACGGCGUUCCUGGAGUAGGCAAGUCUUCGACAGCAGAGGCCGUGGCACAGCGUUGGAAACGACCCCUUCUUGCUAUCACCUGUGGGGAUUUGGGCUUGGAAGCUGCUGAUGUUGAGCACUCCCUCAAGGAGAUCUUCCGGUUGGCACAGCUUUGGGACUGCGUCUUACUCCUAGAUGAGGCGGAUGUUUUUUUAUCCCAGCGUUCUGUUUCUGACUUGCAGAGGAACUCGCUUGUAUCUGUUUUCCUUCGCGUGCUGGAGGUGGGACAUAUUGACGAGGCGUUCAUGUCACGCAUCCACAUUAGCCUAUAUUACCCGCGGUUGGAUUUGGACCAAACAGUUGAUAUAUGGAGGAUGAACAUCGAUAGGUUGCAGUCAAUCGAACAGAAACGCAGCGAGGCGACGGGCCAGCCAGCACUUACCAUUGCCAUUGACGAGAUACUAGAAUACGCCAAGAAGCAUUUCCAUGCCCGGGGACCGGACAGAGCAUGGAACGGCAGACAGAUACGAAAUGCCUUUCAGACGGCCGCUGCACUCGCACGCUACGAAUCGGAUACCGGUACCUCAUUGAACAAGGCCCACGAAAAUCCCCAUCAUGUUUUAGCCCGCCACUUUAAGACCGUCGCGCGAGCUGGCCGCGGGUUUGAGGACUACCUGCGCGAAACAAGAGGCAAAAGUGACAGUGAUCUUGCGUACGACACGAAAACCCGCGCAGACCAUAUGGUCGAAAACAAAUCUCGGAAGGCCCCUAUAAUCUCUGAAGCAGCCAUUGGCGCGGGGCCGAGCAAAUAUCAGGGCACCUAUCUGAAUCCCAAUCAAGACAGCCGCCCCUCGAAUACUCAGGCAGGAGGAUACCAGACCGCACCACAGUACAGCAUCCUCGGUAGUGGACAGUUUACACCCAGUGCGUACUCUCAAGGACGGGCCUCUCCACAGCAGUUCCACAACGCGGGAACAAACCCCUUCCUAAGUAUGAAUGCUGGAAACCCGGGGCAUACCACACCCUCGCGGUCAAUGACUCCGCAGCCGCCUAUGGAGUCUAGAGGCGGUAACUUUUCGUAUGAAUGUGUACAAAACCCUUCUAUAACCCUAGGACAGUAUCACGGUCCCCAAGGCGAUGAUGAGUUUAGUGAUUGA